CUGCCCUCACUCAGCAACAAGGCAAAGGUCUUUCGGUUGCAAAGAUGGCAGCACAUGCGCUUGUAUCAUCGUCCCUCACCUACUCAGUUGAGACUGCAAGGCAGAUUCUUGGAGCUAAACCACAAUUUGGCUCUUCAAGGAAAGGGUCUUUCCUUGUCAAGGCAGCUUCCACUCCCCCCGUUAAGCAAGGAGCUGAUAGACCCUUGUGGUUUGCAUCUAAACAAAGCCUUACAUACUUGGAUGGAAGCCUUCCAGGUGAUUAUGGGUUUGAUCCAUUGGGACUAUCGGACCCUGAAGGUACAGGAGGGUUCAUCGAGCCUAAAUGGCUAGCCUAUGGUGAGAUCAUCAACGGGCGUUACGCCAUGUUGGGUGCAGUUGGUGCUAUUGCCCCUGAAAUUCUAGGGAAAGCCGGUCUCAUCCCUGCAGAGACAGCUCUCCCUUGGUUCAAAACCGGUGUGAUCCCGCCGGCCGGAACAUACAACUACUGGGCAGACCCUUACACAUUGUUCGUGUUUGAGUUGGCUCUCAUGGGAUUCGCAGAACACCGAAGGUUCCAAGACUGGUACAACCCGGGUUCCAUGGGGAAACAAUACUUCUUGGGGUUCGAGAAGUACCUAGGAGGGUCUGGCGAGCCGGCAUACCCCGGAGGACCACUGUUUAACCCGCUCGGUUUCGGGAAAGACGAGAAGUCGUUGAAGGAUUUGAAGCUGAAAGAGGUGAAGAACGGGAGAUUAGCUAUGUUGGCAAUACUGGGGUACUUCAUACAAGGGCUGGUGACGGGCGUAGGGCCAUACCAGAACUUGUUGGAUCACUUGGCUGACCCUUUCAACAACAAUGUGUUGACAAACCUCAAGUUCCAUUAGAUGAAAGUGAUCUGCUUUGUUCCAUCUCCAAAUCUAUUUCUUGAUAAAUUUGUAAAUUUAUUCUGUUAUUUGCGAUAAAGAACUGAAACAGACUUUUGUUAAUGCCUC